UUCUCUGUCAGCAAAUUGCAACUGUACCAUAUUGGCCUAUCGAAGUUUACUUCCUUCAAUGUGCCCCGAACGGACCUUUUCCAUAUCUACGAUUCUGUAUCGAGCUCAUUUGCCAAUCGCCAUGUCAUUCCGCAAAGCGAGGCUCCUAUGCAACUUCGGAAGCGAGCUUACUAAUCAAUUCGGUGGUCAGCUCACUUACUUUUGGGGCAAGAGCCGGCUCGUCCUCAUCGGUCGCUCCGUUACUUUUCUCGAGUUCCAAACCAAGCUCAGUGAACUCAGUUGUAUCCCUUCUUGCUCGAUCGAGAUCAAGUUCCAGCUCCCAAACGAAUCCCUUGACCCGCGGCUUUGAAAGAGAAAAUAUCAAAUAAGGGAUGAUAUUCCCCAGACUUCAAUGGGCAGCCAAACAAGUCCAGCAACAUCUGAAUAAGGGACCAAGAGUUCAAUUAGUCCUCUAAAUCCACUCGAGCAUGUACCUCAGAGGAAUGAUGGCGCGCAAGCAAUGUCCAAAUCCAGAGGAGUUCGUUAUUUCUAUAGUGAGAGAAACAAAUGCCUAAAACCAUGCCGCACCAUUAAAUCCUUUCACACCCCUCUUUCGCCACUCAACUUCUUCUCUCUCUCUCUCUCUCUCUCUCUCUCUCUCUCUCUCUCCUUCCCCUUCUGUUUCUGUUUCUGGUUCUCUCUACCCCUUCCGUGUGCUUGUUAUACCUUCUUGGUUUUUGCUAUCAGUUUCUUUUCCUCUAUUGAUCGAAGGUGAUAGAAACAAGUAGGAGAGGCUGCAGAUUACCCUUCAUUGGCGAUUUCUGAGGGUGUUUUUGCUUUCGCUUGUAAGUAAUAUCUAUAGUUCUUGGAUUUCCUCACAUUUCUAUUCCAUAAUUGUCUUCUUGUUAUAUACAUCUCUUUCUUUCCUAUGAAUUUUGUGGAAUGACCAAAUUUGUUGAAUUUAGAUUUAUUUUUUAAAUGAAUAACAUCAUGAUUUAGGACAAAAAAUUCACUAGUUUUAUCAGCUCUUUGACAAUAAUUGGGGUUGUUUAUCAUCACAAUUUACAAAUAUCAAUUCAAGCUCCUGCAAUGGAAAAGUUAAUUUAAGGUUGGAUCUUCAUUUUAUGCUAGUCCCAAAGGAAAAAAAUGUAAGUUUCAGAUGCAUGAGAACUCUAUUAACAUUUUUUUUUUGGAAUCAAAAUGCAACCCAUUUAUACAUGGAAAACAUUUCCAGCAUUGUUGAGACUUGCAUUGAAUGAUAAGAAAAGUGGAUUGUUGCCAUUUGAUCUCUGCUUAUUCUAUGUAUUGAAGUUUGAAGUACCUGUCCUCUCUCUUGCUGCUUUAUGAGCUCCCGUGAUGUGAGAUGGUAUGGGACCUUCAGAGCUUGAAGCAAAACAGACAUCUUUAGCAAUUGGAUCUGAACAUCGCAGUGAAACUAGUGAAGGUUUGAAGAUAAAUCUUGCCACAAAUUCUAUAGAAGAAAAUCAUUUUGCCCAUGGAAAGAAGUUGAGCUCCUCAUCCUCCUCGUCUUCUUCUUCUUCAUUUGAAGAUCCCCGCCUCUCCCCACGUGGGACAGCCUCACCUAACGAUGAGAAAGGCACACAGUUAGCUUCAGAAGAGAAUGUAGAUGGAAUUUCGGUCAGUUCCAGCCCCAUUCCCAGGGAUGAGUUACAUUCUAGUAACGCAUCAAGCUUAAACACAGAAUUGGCAACACAAUCUCCUACAACGCAGCUGAUGGAGCGACCGGCCAACACAACUGCCUCCCCCUCAUACAGGAUUCCAUCUUCUAUAUUUGCUAGCAAAUCUUCAGCCCCAAAUGACUGGAGUGUUGCUUCUAGUGAAUCUUUGUUCAGUAUUCACAUGGGGAAUAUGAGCUUCACUAGAGAUGAAGCAAACUGGUUGGGUAAAUCUGGAGAGAUUGGUUUAAUAGGUGAUCAUGCCCUGUCUGGCUCCUUCUCUCCAAUGUUUGAUUUUUCAAGUAAACGACAUUCGAGUAAUCAGUCACCGAAUAAUAUAUCUGGCGAAAUUGAACAAAGAACUGAGGCAAAAAUGAGGAAAAACAUAAACGAUAAUGAAGCUGAUGCUGGGAAACAAAAGUCUCCUGUCAAUAAAUCACAUCGUUCUGCUAGCCUUCGCGGCUCAGAUGUGAGUGCAUCCAGUGUCAAAUCGUUUGCAUUUCCAAUAUUGACAGGGGAUCAUAAAAUGGAUUUUCCUCAAAAGCGAAAUGCAUCAUCACCCAUGACUUCGAAUUCACAACCUCCGACUCCCAAAGUAGCCCUAGAGCCAGAUUCACAGCAAAAAUCACAACCAGAAACCCCUAAAGCGCCUUCAAAUGCUGCUCAGGGUAAAUGGUACUCCUGCUUACCUUGUUGUUCAUAAUGUACUUGAGGAGCAAUAUGUGGUUGAUCUAAUAUGUACUGUUCACAUGACAAUGCCCUUUCAAAAUGGUAGAAUAGGAAUAUACGCAGCUGUGACAUCAAAUUGCAAAGUUAUGUUGAAAGUGCUGCUUCGUUUCAUUUUCUUUAGCUUUGAAGUUUUCAGUAUCUUCUUAAAUAGUUAGGUAAAAUACACUCUCUCAAUACUGUUUCACAUAACAGAGCUUCUCAUUUUUAGCAUUUACGCUUCUGCUGAUAUUUGAUGAUAGUUUGUCAAUUUUCAUGCUCACCUCCUUGUAAUCAGGAAAGUUAUAGCAGGAACGAUCAUAGGUUCAUUCAGACACCAGAAUGAGAAUAGCCGCUGGCUGUUUUAUCAUUCUGUUUCCUUGAGACACAUUCAUGUAAAUAAAUUUAAUCAAUUGUGUAAUAGUUGAUAGCUCGUGCAUUUGCUCAAAGCUCAUGUUAAUGCAUCUUGAACAUGGAUUUUACGUGCAGAA